GAGUUAAUAAAUAUUGGCUGUGGGGUUUUUCAGGUGUGGUGUGCGAUGGCAGCCGUCUCGUCACGACUUUGACAGAGUAUUUACCGCGACAAUCAUCAUUGUCGUAUCAAACCACACCCCCACACCAACACAGAAAAAAGAAAAAAAUAAUACCCAUAAAAGCAAAAAGGAAAAACAGAUCAUUUUUUAUUUGGUGGGGUUUUGAGCUUGAUCCAAAGGGUCUGCGAAAGUUUAAUUUUUCUGGGUUUUGAUUGGUUUUUUCUGGGUUUUGGUUGAUUUGUUGAAAAGCGGUUAGCUCUAAGUGCUGGUUGAGGGCCAUUUUUGUUGGUUUGGGGAAAGUGCUUUUGUGUUUCCUGUGAAAGUGCUUUUGGGGGAUUGGAAUGUGGAGGGACGCUGGGACUCCUGCUGAUUCUUUCUAUGAAGUACGCCCUGAGUGUACAGAUGUGCCCAAAACCCGCUUCAAGAUCAAGGCAGGUAAAACUCUAAGUGUAAGGAAAUGGCAGGCUGCAUUUAGUCCAGAAGGCCAACUGGAUAUAGGCAAGACUUUAAGUCGAAUUCAUCGUGGGGGAAUCCAUCCAUCAAUUAGAGGAGAAGUUUGGGAGUUUCUACUAGGUUGUUAUGAUCCUACGAGCACAUUUGAUGAAAGAGAGCAGAUUCGGCAACGUCGAAGAGUGCAAUAUGCUCGGUCAAAGGAAGAUUGCCGUCAAAUGUUUCCUGUUGUUGGAAGUGGUAGGUUUAUCACUGCCCCUGUAAUCACUGAAGAUGGUCAGCCCAUUCAGGAUCCCAUAGUACUUUCACAAAUAAAUCCAGACAAUGGUUCAAGUACAAACCGUAAGAAUGUUAUGGAACCAGUAACGGACAAGAAAGUAAUCCAGUGGAUGCUUACUCUACAUCAAAUAGGUCUUGACGUGGUUCGUACUGACAGGACACUAGUGUUUUACGAGAAGCAAGAAAACUUGUCAAAACUUUGGGAUAUUUUAGCCGUUUAUGCCUGGAUAGAUACAGAUGUCGGUUAUUGUCAAGGAAUGAGUGAUCUUUGUUCCCCCAUGAUUAUCCUUCUUGAUGAUGAAGCAGAUGCAUUUUGGUGCUUUGAACGCUUGAUGCGCAGACUGCGAGGAAAUUUCAGAUGUACCGAUAGCUCUGUUGGGGUGGAGGCACAACUAAGUAAUCUUGCUUCAAUUACUCAAGUCAUUGAUCCUAAACUUCAUCAGCACUUAGAGACACUAGGUGGAGGUGACUAUUUAUUUGCUUUCCGGAUGCUUAUGGUUUUGUUCCGUCGAGAAUUCUCUUUUUGUGAUUCUUUAUACCUUUGGGAGAUGAUGUGGGCUCUUGAGUACGACCCUGACUUGGUCAGUGUGUACGAAGAAUCUGAUACUGAUAGUGAGAAGGCCGAGGGAUCUAAAGGGAAACCAAAGUCAACACGUCAGUGUGGGAAGUAUGAGAGGGAAAACAUGAAAAGUGGAGCAAAGAAUUCAGAAGCACCGCUCCCAAUUUCUGUUUUCCUUGUUGCCAGUGUCUUGAAAGAUAAGAGCUCAAAGCUACUUACAGAAGCUCGGGGUCUGGAUGAUGUUGUCAAGAUAUUGAAUGACAUAACUGGAAAUUUAGAUGCCAAAAAAGCUUGCACUGGGGCAUUGAAACUCCACAAGAAAUAUCUAAAAAAGGUGCCCAAGAAGACAUAGCAUCACUUUACACAUAGAUUUUUUGGCCACCCGAAAGAAGUAAGACAAUGUUCCUUACAUUGUUUUACCCGAUUUGGCAAGAGAUUAUAAUUUACUUCCACAUAAUCUUGGCUCAGAGUUGAGAGAGCUGCACAGUUGGUCCAUUCUGCAAAAUAUUCCCACAAGAGCAAUUGUUGUUUGUGAAAUUAGUCCAAAUUAUUUGUAUAUUAAAAACAUUCUUUAUAGGCCUGUAUUUUGUACAACGAUAACCGAGGCCUAUAUUUUGUAUUAACGGUACGUUGUUCGUUAUGACAUUAUGAGGGGUGGAAAGUGCUCAAGCUUAUGCUGUGCUCCAACCCUAAUCAAUGAAAAUAAUUUACAGUGUUCUUUGUUGAAA